UACUGGGAGGGAGGGGUCAGGGUCAAAAGGUGAGAGAGUCUGGAUGUUGCCAGGGAGAACUCUGUACCAGAAGCCCAAGGGAGCCACCCGGAGGUACCAGGGUUCAGGAGCAGAGCCUCCCUCCUCACAGCUGUGGAGGAGGCUGACUGACACAGAGAUCUCCAUUUGCAAUAAAGAAGUCAGGCGGCUGCAGGGCCCCCCAAAAGGCAUAAUAUUACGCUGCAGCUGAGAAUGGCGACCCCCGCAGAAGGCAGUAACCCCAGUGGCAGAGUGACACCCCGGCUGCUGACACAGCUGCGGGAGCUGGAGCCGCGGGUGGCCCGUCGACGCCUUUCCCAAGCCCGCCACCGAGCCACCCUGGCAGGGCUGUUCAGUGACCUCAGGAAGACCGUUUACUCCCACUCUGAUCUCACAGCCUCAAAGUGGCAGGUUUUGAAUAAGGCGAAGAAUCACAUUCAGGAGUUGGAACAAACCUUGGAUAAUCUGCUGAAGCUGAAAGAAUCCUUCAACCUGGAGGAUGGGAACGCAAACAGCUUAGAGGAAGUCAAGGCGGAGUAUGCCAGCAUGUACUCUGGAAAUCCCAGCCUGGUCUCAAAUAAGGUUCAUCAGAAAAGCUCUGCCACCUGGUGCCCAACUGAGGCAGUCGGGAAGGAUGCUGAGGGGGAGGAAGAGGAGGAAGAGGAGGAGGAGGACCAAGACGAGGAGGAAGAGGAGGAAGAAGAGGAGGAGGAGGAGGAAGAGGAGGAGGAGGAGGAGGAGGAAGAGAAAAAAGUGGAGCUCUUGCACUCCCCAAUCACCUUGUUGCCAGACCUCAUGGAAUUUGAACGGUACCUCAACUUCUACAAGCAGACGAUGGACCUCCUGAUUGGGAACGGGGUUGUCUCCUCCCAGGAGGUGAUGCUCCCCAUCGUCUCUGCGGCCAUCUCCCACCUGUGGCAGAGCCUUUCUGAGGAGAUGAAGGCCAGCCUCCUGCAGGCCUGGGCACAGAGGCACAGCACCCCCUCGAGCCUUGCGGGUGCCUGUCCGGAGCCGGCCUGCACCGAGGGCAGCACGAAGGACAGUGGGGUUGACAGCCAAGGAGCCAGCUGCUCACUCGUCUCUACCCCAGAGGAGAUACUCUUUGAAGAUGCCUUCGAUGUGGCAAGCUUCCUGGACAAAAGCGAGGCUCCAAGUACUUCUAGCUCUAGCUCGGUGUUUGCCAACUGCAACCCAGAAUAUCCAGAGGAGAAGUUUCAGCUCUACAUGCAGAUCAUCGAGUUUUUUAAAGGCCUUUGCUGUGUUAAUACUCAGUUAAAACAGGAACCAGACCUCCCCAUUGACGAUGAGAUGAUAAUGCUGAGGUGCAUGGAGACCUUUGACGAUGAAGAUCUGUGAUACGGCAGGGCUGGGAGGGGAGGGCAUGAACAACGAGGUGGGCAUUCAUGCCGGCAGCCGAGGCUGUUCCUGCUGCCGCCUCCCCGGACGUUUCAGAGUGGCUGUCCCAGAGCAUUUGGAAGGUUCUAGUUUCUGAUUAUUAUAAAGUCUUUGA